AUGGGGUAUGACAAGGGGAGUUCAGGAUGGUACUUGAAGUCAGGAAGGACUCAACAUGCAACACUAGCCUCACGUUCAGCUUCAACCUCAGCCUCAGCCUCAGCACCAGUAUCAGCAGCAGCACAGUCUUCUUCUACACAGGACCUUGAAAGAUAUCAGGCUAGAUCUUCUAGGGGAGGUGAUCCCAUGGAAAUUUCCUAUGCUCCUCCAAGUGCAGAUGAUAAUUCUGAUAAUGACUCUACAGAAAAUGAAGGAGAUUCUGAAGGAGAAAGAAACCAAGAAGAUGAAGCCAAUUCUGAAGGAGAAGGAAACCAGGAAGAUGAAGCCAAUACUGAAGAAGAAGGAUAA